AUGGAUGAUGGUGAUAACGCAACCAGCUUUCUGGAGGUUUUUUCCCAGAAACUUAACGCAUUUUAUCGUUUUAGUCGUCCUCAUACCGUUAUUGGCACUAUUAUAGGGAUACUAUCGGUUUCCCUUCUUCCGGUAGUAAAUGUUGCUGAUUUGACUCCCACAUUUUUCAUGGGAUUAUUGAAGGCUUUGGUGCCCUCAAUAUUGAUGAAUAUUUACAUUGUGGGUUUAAAUCAGUUGUUUGAUGUUGAAAUAGACAAGGUUAAUAAGCCUUAUCUUCCCCUCGCUUCUGGUGAUUUCUCGAUGGGAACAGGAACUGCAAUUGUUUCCGCGGCUUUAUUGAUGAGUCUGGGUAUGGGGAUUAUUUCUAAAUCUCCACCACUGGUUUUUGCUCUCCUCAUAGGCGGUCUGCUUGGAACUGUUUAUUCCGUCGAGCAUCCCUUUCUUAGAUGGAAGAGACACCCAUUUCUGGCUGCAAGUUGCAUCCUGUUUGUGAGGGCACUUGUUAUUCAACUUGCUUUCUUUAUACACACUCAGAAAUAUGUGCUUGGUAGACCUAUAGUAAUCACAAAAUCAUUGUUAUUUGCUACCGCUUUCAUGUGCUUCUUCUCUACUGUUAUAGCACUAUUUAAGGAUAUACCUGAUAUAGAUGGCGACAGAUAUUUUGGCAUCCAAUCCUUUAGUGUCAGCCUAGGUCAAGAAAGAGUAUUUUGGCUUUGUGUUCAAAUGCUGUUGAUGGCUUAUGGAGCUGCUGUAAUGGUGGGAGCUUCUUCAUCUUCCCUAUCAAUUAGCAAGCUUGUCACUAUACUGGGCCACUGCACACUCGCCUCCUUUCUGUGGCUUCGAGCUCGAUCUAUUGAUCUCUCAAGUAAAGUAUUGAUAACUUCUUUUUACAUGUUCAUUUGGAAGUUAUUCUAUGCUGAGUAUUUCCUUAUUCCAUUUGUACGCUAA